CCCGGAUGCGGAAUAUGCGUCACAGACUCCGCGAAUAAUCCAGAGGGUCUGGAAACACAUACACACUACGGUAUCUACCGAGAAUGGUGCGCUUCAAGUCCCGGUACCUGCUGUGCGAGAUCUCAUUUGCCAGCCCCAAUGGCUGGCAGCAUGUAGAAGAGAAGAAGUUGCAUCGUGCCAUCCUAGAGGCAAUUCAAAAGGCCCACGGCGACUUUGGAGUUGCCUGCUGCGCCGUGUCCUUUGCAGUUAAGUACCUCAACACUUACACGGGUAUUCUGCUUCUUCGCUGUCGGAAGGCCCACUAUCGUUUACUGUGGUCAACACUGGCAUUCAUCCACCAGCUGGGCAAGAAAGAGACGUGUGCCAUCACCUGCAUACACGUCGGCGGUACCAUUCGGACGUGCCAGAAGUUCCUUAUUGGAUACAACAGGCAACAACUUCUACGUAAGCUGCCGACCUGUAAAAGUGAAGCGGAGCGCACAGCCCUGCAAGAGGCAGUGAGGAGCUGCACGCUGCAGGAGCUACAGGAGGAUGUGGUGUCGGCUAGCGAGGAAGACUCCAACUAAUGAGGUCAACGUAUGGACUGACGCUUACCAGAAGAUAAUACAGUAGUCUCGCUUUUUUAUGGCUCAUUUUAUGUGUAGUUCUUAAAAUAAAACAGCUACGGUCAAAUUUA